AUGGAGCCGCCUGAGGGCUGGGACCCCUACGGGUGGCCGGCCCGGCGCACGCUGUGGCUGGUCAGCGCCCUCGCCUACCACUACGGGCUGGACCGCGGCGUGGAGAACGAGAUCGUCGUGCUGGCCACCGGCCUGGACCAGUACCUGCAGGAGAUCUUCCACCACCUGGACUGCGCCGGGGCGGGCCGCAUCCCCGGCGAGGACUUCCGCACGCUGUGCCAGGUGCUGGGGCUGGAGGAGGCGGCGGACCCCGAGGAGUGCGCGGGGCUGUGGGACGGGCUCUCGGCCGAGCUCACCUUCCGCCAGUUCCACGCGCGGCUCUGCGGCCACUUCAGCACCCGCGCGGGCGGCGCGGGGCCGCGGCUGCCGCUGGGCCGGGAGAGCGAGCACAUCGAGACCCAGAUCCGCCUGCGCAGCCCCCGCCGCCGCGCCGACCCCGCCGGCCGCGGAGCCGCGGGCAGCGCCGAGCGGCGGCCGCCGGGGCCCUGCUCCCGAGAGUGCUACGAGGAGAUCGUGGCGCUGGAGCAGGCCGAGGACCGCAUCGCCAAGCUGGAGGAGGAGAACGGCAGCCUGCGGGAGCUGGUGGAGGACAUGCGGGCCGCCCUGCAGAGCAGCGACGCGCGCUGCCUGGCGCUGCAGGUGGGACUGCGGAAGAGCCAUGCCAGCCAUAAAGAGGAGGGAACCUGUUUCGUAGGGAGUAAGAGACCAUUAACACAGAACCACUCCCAGACCAAGUGCCUCCAAAGUGUCCUGAAAGAAAUGGAGCUCAUCCGGAGCUCCAGGGAUGAGCAGAUUGAAGAAGCAUUCAAGUUCAAUCAGGAGCUGGAGAGGGAGCUGAAGAGCUCUCAGGAAGCUCUGGUCAGUCUGGAAGACUGCAACCGUAACCUGAAGAGGGAGCAGGCGGAGAUGAGGAGGAAGGUGGAAGAGGCCAGACACGCCGUCCUCAACAGUCUUGGCAAAGUGAAGGAGCUGGAAGAGAAAGCUAACGAGGUGCCACAUCUGCAAAUAUACAUUCAGCAGCUGGAAUCACAACUGCAGCACUACAGGUAGGUUGGAGUCCAUCAAAAAGCGCCUAUAAAGUCACAGUGUUGGGACACAAGUCAGUUUGAGAAUCUCUGGUUGUGGCUUAUUAAACGUCUCCAAAUACAUCUUGUAAAAUCUAACCAGAGGGAAAUUAGAAGCUGCUUGUCCAUUUUAUUGGGUUUCCUCUUAUGGAUCCCUAUCCCUAAGAGAACUGGGAGCAUUCAGUGGAAGGUAGGCCAAGUAAGGGUGGUGAUCUACAGAGAGCUGAAGUUACUCCUCAAACACACAGCAACAGAACUCAACAUGGCAAUGCUUCCAGAAAGCCCCCAAACAAAUUCCUGACAGUCCUUCAGAAACCAUUUCCAACACACU